AUGACGGGCACGCCUGGCGCCGCGGCCGCUGGGGAUGGCGAGGCCCCCUUGUGCUCCCCGCCCUGCUGUCCGAGCUAUGAUCUCACGGGCAAGGUGAUGCUUCUGGGAGACUCAGGCGUCGGCAAAACCUGUUUCCUGAUCCAAUUCAAAGACGGGGCCUUCCUGUCCGGGACCUUCAUAGCCACCGUCGGCAUUGACUUCAGGAACAAGGUGGUGACCGUGGAUGGCAUGAGGGUGAAGCUGCAGAUCUGGGACACCGCAGGGCAGGAGCGGUUCCGCAGCGUCACCCACGCUUAUUACAGAGAUGCCCAGGCCUUGCUCCUGCUCUACGACAUCACCAACAAAGCUUCCUUCGACAACAUCAGGGCCUGGCUCACUGAGAUCCAUGAGUGUGCCCAGAGGGACGUGGUGAUCAUGCUGCUAGGCAACAAGGCGGAUGUGAGCAGUGAAAGGGUGAUCAGUUCCGACGACGGAGAAACACUGGCCAGGGAGUAUGGCGUUCCCUUCAUGGAGACCAGCGCUAAGACGGGCAUGAACGUGGAGUUAGCCUUUCUGGCCAUUGCCAAGGAGCUGAAAUACCGGGCAGGGCGGCAGGCUGAUGAGCCCACCUUCCAGCUCCGAGACUACGUGGAGUCCCAGAAGAAGCGCCCCAGCUGCUGCUCCUUUGUGUGAAGGCCAGGGGGCAGAGAAGAAGCUCCAGAGGCCCACCAGGAUGCUACCAUCUCCCCCAGACCUGGCUUAUUGGGAGAGGCAGAGCCAAUGGGGAGAAAGUCAGGAGACUCAGUACAUAGCCCUUUCCCCAGGGGAGCAUACUCCAGCUCCCACCCUAGUUCCUGUAGCUUCCCUGCAUCCCAAAAGGGGGUAAAAUACUUACAUUUUAUUUUAAUGCUAUAUAAUUCACUACCAAGAAAAAAAAGGCACCAGGGUGCCCGGAAAACCAAGGUAGGGACCUGGUGGCCCUUUUGCCUUCUAGGAUUUGGGACUAGGACUUAGGGGGCUGGGCCUCCCUCCUAGCCCUGACAAGGGUGGUAUUGCUCCAGCUCGGCACCAAGGGACAUGGAUGCACUUCAGAGGUGCAAGGGCACGUAGUGACCCCGUGAGCACCCUCUCUUCAGCUGGAGAGAGUCUGAGCAGGCCUGAGCCUUCGCUCCCUCCUGCCCUCCAGGAGCUUACCUUCUACCCAGUAAGGUAGGCUCUUGCCUGGGAGCCAGACAAAAGCCCCAGGGAAGAUGAGAGAUGUGGAGAAUGGGAGGAGGAGAGCGGAGUAGCAGAGACCUCGGUCUGUCUGGCUGGCUACCUCUGGCCUUACUGACGCCCCGACCUACCGGGGCAUGCCCUUCCUCCUCCACACACAAGCACAUUGGGACACCUGGUUCCUGUUCUCCGGACCUCAGAUCCCAGGGGAGCCCCUCUCCUGUGAAUCCCUGUCUUAGCUACCUUUCUUCCUGUGCCCCUAGACACCUGUGAUCAGAAGUAGAAAAGGAUCUUUCUUCUAGUCCCAAUCCUUUGGCAGGUGCGCAGCUCCACAAGCAACUUCUUCAAGCAGCUGUAGUGCUUAGCUCUACUGGGUUAAGAGCCAGAUGAAGAGAGACCCCUGGCUCCUGGAGCAGGUGGGAGGCAGAACUGAGCAAGCCUCACCCCACAUGUAUCCCCUUAAACUCAAGCUCCACCUCCUCCCUGACCACCCAUGCCCCUUAACUUCUCAGACACCAGGGCCAAAACUGCUUUAUCUCCCCUCCUACUGGGUCAGGUUAGGGGCUGGGAGGCCAUCCAUUUCUGCAUAAACCAAUGCAAUGUGGGUAAUUCUGGGGUGGGGAGAAGGGUAGCAAGGAGUUCAUGUGGACUCCUUGGUCACACAUCUCGCAGAGCCCUGACUCCAGCCAUUGGAAGUGGACAGGAGACAUGCAGGUCAUGACCUCCAUGCACCUUUACUCCAGCUCCGCAGGUCAGCGGUGGGAGAGAGGGGUGAGAGAGAAGUAUGCGUUGCACAUUUUUGAGGCUACUGCAUUUUUGCUCCUAAGGCAGAAAUCUUGCUCUCUGAGCAGAGUCAGCGGUUCCAACUUGGACCUGAUAAGAAAGCUCUCCAUGGCCUCUCCCAUGCGGAGCAGGGAGGAGCCUGACCUUGCCAAGUCUCUUCUGGGGCCCAAGGCAGGUUGCAGGAGAUCCAAUCACAUAGACAGCUAUGGGCCUCUAGCAUUCGUGUUUUUCAGAAUUAAAUUGCAGUAUUUUGGAA